CUCUCGCCCGGAGGCGGGGAAGGCGGACGCGACCGCGGCCUCGACGUCGGCGACCGCGCCGCCCGCGAAGGGAAGCGCCUUAUAAGCCGCCGCUCGGCCGGACCCGCGGCUCGUCGCCGCGCCAUCCCGGAGAGAGCCCGCGGAGGCCGGGCCGACCCCGGACAGACCCCGACUCCGGGCGGACCCCGACCAGCGCCGGCUCCGGACAGAGCCUGCAUCUGGCCGGCCCUGGACAGACCUCGGACGGAGCCCGGCCCCGGACAGACGCCCCGGCUCCAGAGCGACCCCGGCUCCGGACGGCCUCCCCGCGGACCCAGGCCCGGGCGGGCGCGCCCCCUGCCGGCCGGGGCAUGCUCGGCCCGCGGCAUGGCCUCGGCGGUGUUUGAGGGCACGUCGCUCGUGAACAUGUUCGUGCGCGGCUGCUGGGUGAACGGCAUCCGCCGGCUCAUCGUCAGCCGGCGCGGCGACGAGGAGGAGUUCUUCGAGAUCCGCACCGAGUGGUCGGACCGCAGCGUGCUCUACCUGCACCGCAGCCUGGCCGACCUGGGCCGCCUGUGGCAGCGCCUCCGCGACGCCUUCCCCGAGGACCGGCCCGAGCUGGCGCUCGCGCCGCUGCGCGAAGGGCUGGUCGCCAUAAAGGAUGCCCACGACAUCGAGACCAGGCUUAACGAAGUGGAGAAGCUGCUCAAGGCCGUCAUCAGCAUGCCGCGCAAGUAUUCCAGGUCAGAAGUUGUGCUCACCUUCUUUGAAAGAUCUCCCCUGGAUCAGGUGUUAAAAAAUGACAACGUCCAUAAAAUUCAACCCAGCUUUCAAAGUCCGGUGAAAAUAUCAGGUGAGAGCCACAGGGCCACCAGAAACCUUCCCAGCCCGCCGUCCCCGUGCCGGACACGCCUCCCCGCCUUGGAAUCCAGAAAGACAGCCCAACAGGAGGGUGGAAGGAGUAGGGGAGGGACUGGAACCGAUUUUUAUGAAACGGUGUGUUUCUACCUACCGGCCUGCAGUUUACACUCUUCCUACUUCCAAAGCGAGUUAUCUGGCAUAUAG